AUGCACACCAGCACAUAUGUGCACUCCCAACUACAUGUGGCAAGCAGCCAUGCAUCAUGCACUCGCAUGGGCAUGCCUACGUGUACAUGCACACACACAUACAUGUGUGCAUCCAUGCACACGUGCUCCCAGCAGGCAGGCAUGGCUGUCACCCAUCAGCCAGCCCAGCACAGGGUGGGCAUUCUGGGGUUCCACCACCCACCACUGAGCCCCUCAGCCCUACAGACAGCACAGAGGACCCCCAGCCCACAGCAGCAUUCCACAGGACCCCCUGGGUCCUUUCCAGGAGAACCAGGCCCAGGGACCCCCCUGUGCUGGGCACCCACCUGGUCCUCCAUCAGUAGCCUCCUCCUGCACAGGGAAACCCUGGGCACCCUGAGCUUGUCAGACCUCACUUCUCCGCCCCCCUCGCUAGGACACCCCCCAGUGCCAACGUGCCCCCCACCCAGGAACCCUGGCAGCGACUGGGGUCCUGACCCACUGCUCCCAGGCUUCCUGGAGGAUGGUAUCCUGGUGCAGGACCAUGGCCGGAUCCAGUGGCGCUACCUGCGCUCCCUAUCCUUCCCCCGGGAUGUGGCUGCAGUGCUGCCCACCGACCUGCUCUACCUGCGCCUGGGGCUGGGCGUGCCGGUAGUGCGUGCCAACCGCUGCCUGCAGGCACCGCGGCUCUUCGAGGCCUUUGAUCGCCAGGAGACACGCACAGCCCACCCCAACGCCUUUCGUGUUGCCAAGCUGAUGCUCUAUGUCUUCAUCACCAUACACUGGCAUGGCUGCCUCUACUUUGCCCUCUCAGCCUGGCUGGGCCUGGGCACGGAUGGCUGGGUCUGCCCCAACGCCAGCCGCCCUGGCUUUGCCCGCCCACUGCGGCAGUAUCUCCACAGCUUCUACUUCUCCACCCUCAUCCUCACCACUGUGGGUGACACGCCAGAGCCCCAGCGCGAGGAGGAGUUCCUCUUCGUCACCACUGGCUUCCUCCUGGCUGUGCUGGGCUUUGCCACCAUCACAGGCAGCAUCAGCUCCGUCAUCUCCAACAUGAAUGCGGCCGAUGCUGCCUUCUACCCCGACCCUGAGCCGGUGCGGCACUACCUGCAGGCACAGGGUGCAAGCAGGCGGCUGGCACGGCGGGUGGCCCGCUGGCACCAACACCUGCGGGCACAGCAGAAGCUGCCGGCAGAACGGGCGGUGCUCCAGUACCUGCCGUGGGGGCUGCGGGCCGAGGUAGCAGCCAGCGUCCACCUCCCAGCACUGCGCCGUGUCGGACUCUUCCAGAGCUGGGAGCGCAGCGUGCUGCAGCAGCUGGUGCUGCGGCUGCAGCCCCAGGUCUUUGGACCCGGCGAGUUCGUCUGCCGCAGGGGUGAUGUGGGGCGUGAGAUGUACUUCAUCCGCGAGGGGCGGCUGGCUGUGGUGGCAGAGGAUGGCAUCACACAGCUUGCUGUCUUGGGUGAGGGGCUCUACUUCGGGGAGAUCAGCCUCAUCAACAUCAAAGGGAACAUCUCAGGGAACAGGCGCACAGCCAACAUCAUGAGCAUUGGCUACUCGGACCUCUUCUGCCUCUCCAAGGAGGACCUGGCAGAGGUGCUGGUUGAGUUCCCCAGUGCCCGGGCCAUGAUGGAGGCCAAGGGCCGCGAGCUCCUGCUGCGCAUGGGCAAGCUGGAUGUGCACGCUGAGGCGGUGGCGGCAGCAGCAGAGGAGGAGGCUGAGCGCCAGGUGCAGGCCCUGGAGGUGGCCCUGGAGGGGCUGCAGACCCAGGCAGCCCGGCUGCUGGCCCAGCUGGAGUCCAGUGCCUUCAAGCUGGCACUGCGCGUUGAGCGCCUCGAGUGCCAGCUCCAGCGGUCUGCCGGGGAAGCAGGUCCUGCAGAAAAACCAGCUCCUGCCGCACCGCAGCAGCCUACUGGGGCACAGCGUCCUGCUGGGGGACUGCCCUCCCCCAGGGCACAGGGUCCCCCCAGAGCUCAGGGUCCACCCAGGGUGCAGGGUCCCAGCAGGGUGCAGGGUCCCAGUGGGGUCCAGGGUCCCCCCAGGGUGCAGGGUCCUAGUGGGGUGCAGGGUCUCCUCAGAGCUGAGAGUCCCACCAGGGUGCAGGGUCACAGUGGGGCACAGGGGCCCCCCAGGGCACAGGGGCCCCCCAGACUGCAGGGUCACAGUGUGGUGCAGGGUCACAGUGGGGCGCAGGGCCCCUCCAGAGUGCGGGGUCCCCCCAGUGUGCAGGGUCCCAGUGGGGUGCAGGGCCCCCCCAGAGUUCAGGAUCUCCCCAGAAUGCAGGGUCCCAGUGGGGUGCAGGGUCCCAGGGGUGUGCAGGGUCCCAGCAGGGGCCGGGGUCCCACGCGGGGGACAGGCCCCCGGCGCUGAGGGUUGCCUGAGGUUGGGACAGCAGCGACUACAGCUGCUGGAUGACGGUGACAACCGUUGCUAGGUAACACUGACAGCUGUUGCUAAGUAACAAUGAGUUGUUCAUGAUCCAGGACGGCGCUGCGACGGCGGUGGGACAGCUACCGGGAUCGGGAUUGGGAU